AUGAAGGAAGCUGUGAAAAAGGAAGUGAUAAAGUGGUUAGAUGCGCGAAUCAUUUUCCCCAUCUCCGACAGUAACUGGAUCAACCCAGUCCAAUGUGUGUUUAAGAAAGGUGGGAUGACUGUAGUGCAAAAUGAGAACAAUGAGUUGAUAUUAACAAGACAGUCACGGGAUGGGUAUAAUCAAUUCUCCAUUGCCCCGGAAGAUAGAGAGAAAACAUCAUUCACCUGUCCAUAUGGAUUUUAUGCCUUCGGGAGGAUGCCGUUCGGCCUAUGCUAUGCACCCGCCACAUUUCAAAGGUGCAUGAUGGCCAUCUUCACUGAUAUGGUAGAGGACAUCAUGGAGAUCUUUAUGGAUGAUUUCUCGAUGGUGGGAGACUCAUUCGAUGAUUGCCUAAGGAAUUUGAAAAGAGUGAUGAAAAGAUGUGUCGAGAGUAAUCUGGUACCUAAUUAUAAGAAGGAGUCAAAGUUGUGCCUGAUUCAAUGGGUGCUACUGCUGCAAGAAUUUGACAUGGAAAUCCGUGACCGAAAGGGAACAGAGAACCAACUGGCUGAUCACUUGUCGAGGCUGGAAGGAGCCGAAAAGAAGGUUGAGGGGGAAGAGAUUGUGGAGACUUUCCCGGAUGAACAACUACUAGCCACGAGUCUUGAGGCUUGUCACGUGUCACCAUAUGGUGGCCAUUUCGGGGGAGUAAGCACAGCUGCGAAAGAGGUAGAAGUGUUUGAUGUAUGGGGAAUCGAUUUCAUGGGGCUUUUCGUCAGCACAUACGACAACAAGUACAUACUCGUAGCUGUGGACUACGUGUCAAAAUGGGUGGAGGCUGCAGUGCUCCCUACAAAUGAUGCAAAUGGGGUUGCCACCCCAUAUCAUCCACAAACGAGUGGGCAAGUGAAAGUCUCGAACAGAGAGAUAAAGAGCAUUUUGACAAAGACUAUGAAUGCUACAAGAACAGAUUGGUCAAGAAAGUUAGAUGAUGCACUCUGGGCCUAUCGUACCACUUUCAAAACUCCAAUUGGCAUGUCGCCAUAUAAAUUGGUAUUUGGGAAGGCGUGUCACUUACCAGUGGAGUUGGAGCAUAGAGCUUUGUGGGCAUUGAGACAGCUUAAUCUUGAUGUAGAAGCUACGGGUACUAACAAGUUUGCAGGUGAUUUUUGGCAAGUCGAGCAGAGUUUUCAGCGUCACAUGAAGGAAACCAGGCGGGGGAGCUCGCCUCGCGAGGGUUGA